ACUAAUCAUUGGGAUUUUUAAUUAGGAAUGGAAGGUGGCGUUCUGUUUGGAUGGUAACUUUUCCCUUGGGUGCUGAUGUUGCUGAACUUCAAGGAGUGGUUAAAGUACAGGUGCAUUAUUACGAAGAUGGCAACGUGCAGUUAGUGAGUUCCAAAGACAUUAAAGAAUCUUUAUCGAUUACCACCGAACAACAGACCGCUAAAGAAUUCGUUCACGUGGUAGAAGUUGUGGAGAACGACUAUCAGAUGGCCAUUUCGGACAAUUACCAAACCAUGUCCGACACCACCUUCAAAGCUUUAAGACGUCAACUACCGGUCACACGAACCAAAAUCGACUGGAACAAAAUAUUGAGUUAUCGCAUCGGCAGCGAAUUGAAGCACCAUUGAGUUUCGGGAACGAACAAAUAUAUUUUGACGAAUACGCUCCCACAAAUUGGCAAUAUAUAAGGUAUAGGGUAAACGUCGACCAGUUUCAAAAUAGAAGCGUAAGGUCGGAGCGGAUUAAUGCUCCGUUGUAUAAAAUAUCGAAAUUGUUUCAAGUUACACGGGAAAAUUAUAAAUAAGGACGAGGACAUUGCAGAACAAUCAACAUAAUUUCUUUCAAUGUUGCUACUUGUUUGGAGUCGAGUAAGAAACACGGGCCGACUUUCGUAGGUGCGAGUUAAUCGAUUAGAGCCCGUCGAGGAUGGCUUUCCCCUCGGGCUGCGGUGAUGCCUGUUACGGCGUCAAUCGAUGCCCGGGAAGAAAGCCCAACCUCGAAACGUUGUUGCGACGGUGCAUUUUCGAAGCCAGAGAAAAGCUUCCACGAGUGCCUUAGAAACCACCAACCGGUUAUCGUUUCUUUUAAUGUCGGUCGAUGGUGUGGCAAACACUUGAAUGCCCCGUCGACGCGCCACUGCUCGAGAGCCUCGUCCACGAAAACAGAUAUUCAAAUAUAUAGAUACGUUGUUAGUUUGGUAAAUUUCACUCUUUCGUGCGUCGGUUACAAAGGCGAUUAGGUCCACUUUGUAACGACAAUAAUCAAAGAUAGUUCAAAUCGCGACAGAUCCUAGAGCAAAUGUUAUCCUAAAGAUUUAUUCAUCUAUCUCUGUUGACCGCGCGGCAGCAAUUUAUCAUUUCGACCGCUAAUUCUUCGGCACCGAACGUGUACAUAAGAGUAGAAGGAUAGAAAGGCGCAUCCGUCGUCCCUCGCGUUCGGCGACGAUCAAUUAUAGCCCAGACGAUGCUAAAAGUCAAAAGAAAGCCAUCUGUGAUUUAUCUUUUAUUGUUGAUUAGUGGGAUGAAUGUAAUGUAGCAAAAUUGCAGGAAAUAUGUAAUUUACAGGCAAUCCUGAUGUAUUAAAAUGUUGAAGAAAUGUUCCUCUAUUUUAUUUUGACAAACUUGGUCAAUGGUUAUGGUUUACUACAUGAAAAUGGAAUUCGGGAGACGAAUGGGUUUGUUAAUAAAAGCUGUUCUCAGGUAUUCCAAAA